CAAGUUGCAAAUGUUUUGUCCAAUACUGUGAUUAUUAUGCAUUUAACAAAUAGUCCUCUUGUAAAUAUAUUUAAAUCAUUUACACGUCAAAUAUUUUUUUUAAUGAUCCUAUAUUUCAGGACAUAAACUGAAAAUAUUAUCUUAACAAUUAUUUAGUAAAUGUUAAGAAAACAUCAGUUAUAAUAGUAUCGAUUUAUUUUUUAUAUUAGCUAGGUGAACAUUAGUAUAAAUUAAGAACUCAAUGCGAUUUUUGAUAUUUUGUCCAUUUUUCGAAAAUUUGGCCAUGGUGUGACCUCUUUUGAAAUGCUUAUUUAUUGCUGAACGAUGUAUUUUUUAGUCGUUAAUUUGACCUCUUAUGAAUCAACUGUUCGAAUGAUAUAUGUAUGUUGAAUUAAGAUAUAAUAAAAUACUUAUUCAGCUCUUGAUCAUGUUCGUGUUAGGCAUCUGGAAACCGCUGAAGUGCAAAGCAACUGAAACGUUAGUUCGGCUCCUGAAAUUAUGUUUAUACAAAUACAUUUGUUUGGUGGAAUAUAGGCUCUUUAAUAAAAAGAAAAAUUGCUUGUUCAGCUUAUUAGUAAAACAAUUUUGACAGGUUGAAAGAGAAUUGUUGAAAACGUUUAAUAAGUGUUGAUUCUACUAUUAUUCAUUAUAAUUAAAAAUGCUGAACAUUGACUUGAAUUUGGAUUUAAAGAGCAUCUUAUCAGCUCCUUGUACGGCGAUUUUUUAUUCAGCUGUUGUUACCAUUAUUCAACACAUCAAACUACAUAAUUAUUCGAUCACACCAUUGAUUGAGAACUGAACAAAAGUUUAUUGCUGCAGUGAAGAAGUUUAUUAAACAUGUUAUGCACUGGGUGCACUGGACGGAACUUAUUUGACGUCCGUGCAACAUAUAAACCAGUGCUUUUUGUUCGUGCUUGUGUCAGCCAUUACAUCAUCCGCAACUUUCUGUAUACUAAAGUGUCGAGAAAAUGGAACCACGUAAAGAUUACUUUGUUGUUGUCCAAACUAAGGAGGCAGGAAAACUUGUUUUAACUGCGGUCCCGUGUCGUUGGAUUCGUGAUGGGUUUCUGUUUUGGCCCGGUAAAAAUGCAAACAGAUUGCGUAUGGACCUGAACUCAGAACCAGGCAGUGGUUGGAGCAAAAUCGCUUGCAGUGUAAAACGGAAGUAUAUUCCAUCCUACGAGGAGGCCGAAAUAGAAGCUGCUGAGCUUUCAGGACAAAACACGGAAAGCUCAGAUUCGGCGCCACGUAGAAAGAAGCAAAAAAAAGUGAAGAAAGAUGGUUUCAUCAAACGGUUCGAUUUCAAUCACCUGGUUCCCGGAGAAAACCCCACUUCAAACAUGCAAACGAACCAAAAUCAAAGCACCGGGCCGGAACCUACAAGUGCACCAAUGAAUUCACAGAUUGUUGUCGAUUCUCAAGAUCUCCCGGAUGUAGCUCCUUCUUUGCUCUGUUCUGCCAGCGUGAACCAGGUGGAUGAGACAUUCUCCACACAUCAGACCGUCGAUCACUCGGUUUACCUGACAACAUUGCCCUUCUCCGUAAAUGAACAGCAGACGACAGAUGAAAUGCAGGCAGUUGCCACGGAGGGCGAAUCGGAAUACGUAUAUUUUCAGCAGUGACAUGGACGUGAAACUGGCAGCAGCUUUACGUGCCCAAGCAAAACCGUCCGAUGAUGAUGAGAAAUUCACGUUUUCCCCAGUGUCUUCCAUCGAGCAAAUUCAUGAGCUGGAGAAAAAUCUCGCAGACGAAGCAUACGCUGAGCGUUUCAUUUCUUACAUGAAAAAGCUCGUUGGAUAUGUUGGAGAUAAUUGUAACGGUAUGAACAUUUCGUACACAUUAGUGGACUUCUUUUUCGAACGUAACGUGAUGCUGAAAUGUUCGUGGAGUGGUGCUAGUCGCAGUUCUAUCAUCAAACUGGCUAUCAAGAAUUGCACCAAAAUCCUGGACAUCUUUUUUUCAAUCGUUCGUAGUGUGAAUAUUACGUUCUCCCGGCAGCUUCUGGCACAAUUCUUUAAACAAGUCACACGAAACGCCAAGAAAAGGAGCGAAGCGAAGGGUUUGCGACAACCGACAAUUCAUCGUAGAGCAAAGAAAUUGAACAACACACGAUGUCAAGCGGACGUUCCUCCUACCACGACCCCUGACGGAACGAAGAGUGAUUGGAGCCCUUCGACAGAAGAUGAAUCACAAUCGAGUAAAUCGUCUUCGAGUGAUGAGUCAGAUAGUGAGAUGCUAGUGAGCAAGGUGGAAGAGUCUGACCCUCGUAUCAAUUCAUGCUAAUGAUUUUACACUUGAUUUGACUUUCUAUAUGAAGAUAAGUUUUAAGUUUGUUCUAAACCUUUUAUUGAUUUACGUUUUUUAAAUACCUAUCGAAUAGAAAGAGAUAGGCGAAACUGGGAGAGUUGCUUAUACGCUUUUCGACAAUGUAAACGCUAUCGAACGAAAUAAACGUACGGUGUUUUUUAUUUGCA